AUGGAUACGCCAGAUCGCUCUGUAAUGGAGGGUAGCAAAACACCUACCAUAAGGACUGAACAGAGAUUGAAUGAUCAUACUGCUUUGAAAAACCACAAAUCAUCCGUUAACUACACUGUUGAAGACAGCAAUAAAAAUAAAAGUACCAGUUCAUUAGAGAGAUUGAUAAACUCAGGAUCUUACAUAGAUCACAGAGUACACAACGAUUUGGCUCAUUUGCAUUCAUCACCUGCCAGAUCCAGACGUAGGUCAUCAAAUGGGAAUGUGUUCAAGAGAAAUAGCACUACUGGAAAGAGAAGUGGCAAUGACAGUGGCAAUGGAAACGAUGACAAUACCAACAGCAGCAAAUUUACUCCAAGAGGGCCCACACACUACGCAACUGCACCCACCCUACCACUAACUAAUAGAAAUCUACAACUGUUGUUGAGAAGCUCAUCAUCAGGCGGUGCUAUAGACGAAGAACAAGAGGCUCAGUCACCAACUGCCAUAGCUCUCGAUAUGGAUCAGUUUGCCCAUGAACAAAGACAACUUGCCAGAUCGCAAUCGUGGCAUAACCCCUUUGGAAAAACUGAAGCUGAUUUAAGCCCUGGUUCACCUGGUCAUUAUGCAAAUAUCGACUACAACGUUAAUGGCGAUGACGAAUUUUCAGUGAAUUCGAUGGAAUUUGGUGAAUCUAACCCCUCGUCUGAUCAUUCUAGUGAUUCUACUUCAUUGGAUGAUGUGUGUUAUUAUGAUUAUGACAGAGAAGAUGAAAAAAGGGAUGAGUGGCCAAAUUUAGAAGUCAUGGAAGAAUAUGUGGUUGAAGAAUUGGAGGAAAUGGAAAGGGAAAAAGAUAAUGAACGAGAAAUUGAUCAAGUUGUACAAUCAGUUAAUUUUGGCAAAGAUGUAAUUCAUGAUGGUAAAAACGCAAAACAGGCUAACAAAUAUUCUCCACCACGACCACCAAUAUCAGCAUUACCCGAGGAGGCACUUGAUGAAGCUGCUGUUGAUGAAAAUACCCCACUUGUUGACAAUUACAAGGUCAAUGAGAUUGAAUCAUUGGAUUCGCUUCACGAUUCAUUCAGAAUCAGACCUACACCAACCCAACCGUGGGAGAAAUCAAAAGACCAGAUCCCUACCAUCCUAAACAAGAGGCAACCACUGUCGCAAACUCAAAGGACUUUAAGGGGACAGAAGAAAGGGGAAUUGUGUCGAUUUACUUAUUUUAGGGAGGAUUUACCCGAAACUAUACAUGCACCAUCAAUAUGUGGUUUGCUUAGUGACGAUCCAGAAAUUUCCAUCCAUGAUAGGUUAGUUGAACUUUUCCGACCAUGGGAAAAAGUACCCACAAGUGAAUCUACUUCGACUCAACAUCCUACUCAUAAACAACAAGACUCAUUAUCAUCGAGUAACAAUAACUUGCAACCAACAACCAAAUCAUCAAGAUUGGGCAACGAGAGUCCAAUACCUACAUCUAGUGGUGACUCAACAAGUGUUGAACCUUAUUGGCUUGACAUUUUGGAUCCAACUGAAGAAGAAAUGAAGGUUAUAUCAAGAACUUUUGGUAUUCAUCCGUUAACAACUGAGGAUAUUUUCCUUGGAGAAGCUAGAGAAAAGGUUGAGCUAUUCAAGAACUACUACUUUAUUUGUUUCACCUCAUUUGAUGUGGUUUAUGAACGCCGUAAACAGAAGGCCAAGGAACAGGAAAAAAGGUAUAAUAAAUUGCAAGAAAUGUAUGAAAAUGGCUCUGAUGCUUCAAGUUUAUAUGGGCAACACCAAAAGAAUGGAUUAGCCUCAAGAAUGUCACGUUUAUUUGGUUCCUUUUUAAGGAAAAAGAAAAAACCACCUUCGAUUCAUGAGAAACCGAUUUCUACAUCAGUUAGAUCUCGUGGGAAGAAGGUCAGAGAAGGUGAAUUGCUGCCAUUGAAUAUGUACAUUAUUGUGUUCAAACAUGCAGUUAUAACCUUCCACUUUUCAGCGACCCCCCAUCCUAUCAAUGUGAGAAGAAGAGCAAGAAUGUUGAAGGACUACUUGACUGUGUCUUCUGACUGGAUUUGUUAUGCAUUGAUUGAUGAUAUAACUGACUCAUUUGCUCCCAUGAUUGAAACCAUUGAAACUGAAGUGAAUUCAAUUGAAGAUGCCAUAUUGCGUAUGCAUUCCGGCGAGCAUGAAGAUUCUGACGAUUCUGAUUCUGAAGAUGAAGGUUCAACAUAUAAUCAUCAUCGUAGUCAUAGCCAUCGUCAUCAUAAAUUACCACAAGAACCACAUGAAAACGUUUUCGUAUGGCGAAAGAGAUCCAAAUCAACAGUCGAUGCCAACAAUACUGGAUUUUUACGGUCAACCAACACCAAAACAAAAUCAAAAUCAAGUUCAUCCUCAUCAUCCACAUCCGAUACAGGAUCAUCACGUAUCCUAGGCUGGAGACGUAAAGGUGAUAUGUUGCGUCGCAUUGGAGAGUGUCGUAAGCGUGUCAUGUCAGUGCUUCGUCUUCUCAGUUCUAAAGCUGAUGUCAUCAAGGGAUUUAGUAAACGAUUCAAUGAUCUCGACAACAACACCAUAGAUCGUCAUCAGCUGGAAAUCGCCAUGUAUUUGGGCGAUAUCCAGGACCAUAUAAUCACUAUGAUUGGUGCAUUAAACCAUUAUGAAAAAUUACUUGCUCGUUUCCAUUCCAAUUAUCUUGCGCAAAUAAACAUCGAUAUGACUAAAGUCAAUAAUGAUACUAAUGAUAUUUUGGGUAAAGUGACAAUAUUGGGUACGAUUGUUCUUCCGAUAAAUGUGGUUACCGGUCUUUGGGGGAUGAAUUGUCUUGUUCCAGGGCAGGAUUAUGAUGGGUUGGCUUGGUUUUGGUGUAUCAUUGGAUGUAUGGUGUUGUUUAGUGUUGUUGCAUACAAUUAUGCAAAAAGAGUUACUGGGUUAUAG